CGGUGCCCCAGUGCCCCGGCCUCGCCAUUUCCUUCUCAGCCCUGGAGCGCGUCGCUCUACCAAGAAUGGCCACUGUGCCUGAUGCCCCUGACCAGAGUUACCCAUUUGAAUUUCCUAGCAGGCCCCCCAAAGGAGUCAUCAAGCUUUGGUGUAUGUGUUCGCUGGUUCUGAAGUCUUGAAGAAGCUCUGUGCUGAGGAAGACCAAAGCAGCACUCGUUGCCAAUUAGAGAAUGGACCGUUUGGGUUCCUUUAGCAAUGAUCCCUCUGAUAAGCCACCUUGCCGAGGCUGCUCCUCCUACCUCAUGGAGCCUUAUAUCAAGUGUGCUGAAUGUGGGCCACCUCCUUUUUUCCUCUGCUUGCAGUGUUUCACUCGAGGCUUUGAGUACAAGAAACAUCAAAGCGAUCAUACUUACGAAAUAAUGACUUCAGAUUUUCCUGUCCUUGAUCCCAGCUGGACUGCUCAAGAAGAAAUGGCCCUUUUAGAAGCUGUGAUGGACUGUGGCUUUGGAAAUUGGCAGGAUGUAGCCAAUCAAAUGUGCACCAAGACCAAGGAGGAGUGUGAGAAGCACUAUAUGAAGCAUUUCAUCAAUAACCCUCUGUUUGCAUCUACCCUGCUGAACCUGAAACAAGCAGAGGAAGCAAAAACUGCCGACACAGCCAUUCCAUUUCACUCUACAGAUGACCCUCCCCGACCUACCUUUGACUCCUUGCUUUCUCGGGACAUGGCCGGGUACAUGCCAGCUCGAGCAGAUUUCAUUGAGGAAUUUGACAAUUAUGCAGAAUGGGACUUGAGAGACAUUGAUUUUGUUGAAGAUGACUCGGACAUUUUACAUGCUCUGAAGAUGGCUGUGGUAGAUAUCUAUCAUUCCAGGUUAAAGGAGAGACAAAGACGAAAAAAAAUUAUAAGAGACCAUGGAUUAAUCAACCUUAGAAAGUUUCAAUUAAUGGAACGGCGGUAUCCCAAGGAGGUCCAGGACCUGUAUGAAACAAUGAGGCGAUUUGCAAGAAUUGUGGGGCCAAUGGAACAUGACAAAUUCAUUGAAAGCCAUGCAUUGGAAUUUGAACUCCGAAGGGAAAUCAAGAGGCUCCAAGAAUACAGGACAGCAGGCAUUACCAAUUUUUGUAGUGCCAGAACCUACGAUCACCUCAAGAAGACACGGGAGGAAGAGCGCCUUAAACGCACUAUGCUCUCAGAAGUUCUCCAGUAUAUCCAGGACAGUAGUGCUUGCCAGCAGUGGCUCCGCCGGCAAGCUGACAUUGAUUCCGGCCUGAGUCCUUCCAUUCCAAUGGCUUCGAAUUCAGGUAGACGGAGUGCACCACCCUUGAACCUCACUGGCCUCCCUGGCACAGAGAAGCUGAAUGAAAAAGAAAAGGAGCUCUGUCAGAUGGUGAGGUUGGUCCCUGGAGCCUAUUUAGAAUACAAAUCUGCUCUAUUGAACGAAUGUAACAAGCAAGGAGGCUUAAGACUGGCGCAGGCAAGAGCACUCAUCAAGAUAGAUGUGAACAAAACCCGGAAAAUCUAUGAUUUCCUCAUCCGAGAAGGAUACAUCACUAAAGGCUAAGGCUCCAAGGGCUUGGGAUCAGAAGUCAGAAGUUUGGAAUGUGGAUACCAAGCCCCUGAGGAUGGAGAUGAUGCAACAAACCUCAGCUUUGCUUGGAUUGAGACUUGAACCCUAUUUCUCAAUGGUGAAAGGCUAGCCUGCAAUAAAAGCUGCUUUUAAAACAGAAGUAAAGCAGCUUUAUAUAUGGGACUCACUAGAUAUGAGGGUAAGUAGCCCCACCACAUGUAAAACUUGGUCCUCAAACCCUUCUGCAGAAUAAGAAGCCAAACUUAUGGUUAUCUUGUUUCUGUUAGAAACAAAGUUGUAUAUAGAAAUAACUUCAUCAGAAUCUACACAAAUCACAUCGAAUAGCUGACUGUUUAAUUCCUUCUGCAUUCAAAUAUCUAAUUAAAAUAUUGUGUGCUUUGUUGGAAGCAUCUGCUCCAACUUUUGACUGUUGUAAAUAUGCAUGCAGGUGGGAAGGGAUUCAUCUAAGGGAUGAGAAAUGAAAAAGACACUCUCAGGACCUGAGGGAAUUCAGAUAGAGGACUUCGAUUUUUUAAAAAGAAUGACGUGAAAAUGAUCUGUUUUCCUUGUAUAGUCAUAUCUCAUAGAAAACAUUUUACCACUACCAUCACCCCUAGUUGGUUGUGAAGUGAUUGCCUCUUAUCCCUGAAAGGAAACUCCUGUUCUGAAAAGUUGGGAUGCAUUAGACACCGGUGUUAGGUGAUGUCUGUUGUAGUCUGAAGAGUCCUUAACCUUGAUUAAGGAAGGCUUCCUGGGAGAGGUGGGCUUUUGGGGCAAUUAUAUGAUAGAGAAGAGAGAGAAAAAUGGCAGAUGGAAGUGGGAGACAGUUCCACACACGGGGUGGAGAAUGAUGUGGAGGCAGCAGUGGGUGUAAGGACAAUGGUGCCAAGAGAUUUAUUUGGCUAGAACACAAGGGGCAGCUGGGUAGUUAGGAGUAGGAGGAUGGUAGGACAGUCUGACAGAAACCUUGGAAACAGUUGAACUCUGAAAAGCUGAUGGGAAAUCAGUAGAUUUCAUGAGGAAAAUGGCAUGAUUGAAAAUAGUAAUAGAAAAAUAAGACCGAAGUUUUAAAUGACUGGAUUUUCGAAAGUAGGAUUAUUAUUUCUUUGGUAUACCCAACUUUGCAAAGAUACGUAGCAUUGCAUCCUUCCUCUUUGCUUCUAGACAGGGUUGGCCAUAAACCAACUACACUGAUAGAGGUCUCUCCAGAUUGUCUCAGAAGAGAGAGAGUUUACCCUGAAACUUAAUGACAUGAAUAAGACCUGUUUACUGAAAUUUUUAUUGCAAUUUAACGUUAAAAGUUUCCGCUGGAGUUUUAUGCAUAUUUUUCUCUCUAAGUGGUGGGAAAUAAAGAACAAAUCUCUUUCCAUGUAAUGACUCUUCUCUGUGCUCAAAGACCAAGAAAGACUCUGUCUCUUGAGAUACCAAUUAAUACUAAAUAUUCACGGUUUAUCUUUUCCUGGGUCCCAGUUUCUUUCCUUUUAUUGUUAACCAUCUUCACUUCCCCCGCUUUUAAAAAUCUGAACUCAAUUAAGCAACCAGUCAUUGAAAUCUUCCUCAGCUGGGGGUUAGCGGGAAAAGGGAGAAAACCAAUGGCAUUCAUCAAUAGCAACAAAAUCCCAGUUUGUAAGUCAUUCUAGCUUUAGGAAAUAUGUAGGUAUGUAACAAGAGAAAAACUCUCCAUUGAAGAAUCAGAGGCCACAUUACACAGCAGUUUGGGAAAACUCACUCAUAAAUAUGUAUGAGUUUUAUUAUUUCUUUGGUAAACCCAACUUUGCAAAGCUUUACACCUAGAAUCCCUCCAAAAAACACUUUUUCACCCAUCUUUAAGCAAACAGUGGUACUAUAUUCUCAACAGCAUUCUGGGGAACUUCACCCAUUCAUUUUUAAGGAUAUCUUUGUGGACACCUUCUAAAUAUACAUUGCAUUAUUCUUGACAACACAAAAGGGUUUUCUGUAUCUUACAUGCAUCUAGCUUUUUGUUUGAAUUUCUAAAAAUUAUAUUUAAAUAAAAGUUUGAUUCAAGAGA